AAAAAUCAAAAGUCAUCUUUUCUUUUUUGUAGUGAAAAUAAAGAUUUGGAAACAUGAGCUCAGAAAGCCACUCACAAACUGCUCUUGCUUCUCUGCAUGAGACGUACACUGAUUCUGAAGGUGAAGCAGAAUCAGAUCCUGAAGAAACUAGUCGUGAAAAAAAUUUCAGUCCAAGCAAAGAAAGUUCUAGUUCAAUGGAAGGCAGUGUUAAAGAAAAUCGUCAACAUUCAAAACUUGUAUCAUAUGCCACUGAAGGACAUGAUGAUGAAGACAUGAGUGAUUCAGAUGAUUCUAAAUCAUCAUCUGAUACACAAGAAGAUUCACAAGAUAGCAGAGCAAUGAUAGCUGAAGUUCCACCAUUAUCACCAGUUUCUUUUCAUCGGAGCCUUUUAAAUUUGAAAAAACAUGAAAUCCAGCUCCCUGUGGAACCAUCUGGCAGAUGUUCUAAAUCAUUACAGGAAAAAAUCAGUGAAUUGUACGAGAAGAAAAAAGAAGGGAAAGAUAUGAAUGCAUCAAUUCAAAGGCGCAAAGAUUUUAGGAAUCCAAGCAUAUAUGAAAAAUUAAUACAGUUUUGUAAUAUUGAUGAACAAGGAACUAAUUAUCCUCCUGAAACAUAUGAUCCUCAUUGUUGGGGUCCUGAAUCUUUUUAUGAAGAAUUAGGUAAAACACGACAAGAAGAAAUGGAUAAGAGAGAGAAGGAGAAAAAAGAGCGAACAAAGGUUGAGUUUAUAUCUGGUACUGUUAAAAAGCCUUCGUCAGACUCAAGUAUAGAUGCUGGAAAACGCAAAAGCAAAUGGGAUGUUGGCAUUAAUCAGAUGCCUGCAACAGCUUUGAAGCCUGCUGCUCUGAUAACCCCUACAGUCUUACCAGUGCCAACUGGAACUAAACCAACAGUUAUAUCAGCAUUUGGAACAAUUACAAAGAAAGCUAAGCAAUAACAGCUGAAAAUGAUUAAAAUUUAUAUUGUGAACUAUCAAGUUCUACAGGUUUUGAAUUUUAUGCUGCAUUUUGAAAUAUUUCAUCCUGCAUAAGUGAUGUAAAUAUUUUAAUGAAAAAGUACUGAAAAUUAUAUGGCCCAUCUAAAUGCAAUUCAGAUAAGAGGAACAAAAAGAGGAUGUUUCUUCAUUCAAAAGAUUCAUUUAUCACAAUGAGUUUUGCCUCUGGAAUAAGUAGGAAUAACAAAGAAGAAGGUCAUACUCUAAAAUAUACAUAUUUCUUCAUUCUAUACCUGUUGAAUACUUAGCCACCAUAAACCAAUUACAUUGUUCAUGAAGAAAAUGACUUUAUUUUAAAAUCCAUGUUUAGACUAAUUAAGGCUGUUGGGAUUUCUGUCAUAUAAAUUUGUGUAAUGGUUCCAUAAUGUUAUAUUUUUAUAUAUAAGGUACUUCAUAUGCUACAAGAACUGUUUCAAACGUUUUUGUCUCAAAAUGUAUGUUUUACCCAGUAGAAUAACAUAACAUAUGAGUAAUGUUUUGUGCUGUGCAAAGUGCUUUCCUUACAUAAAUGUGUGGUUCAUACAUUAUUUAUAAAACUCAUAUUCUCUUAACCCUUAAUAGUCAGUUGUUGGGGAGUUAUGUCCAUUAUAAGGUGCAGUAGAACUCUGAAUGAUGAUUGUUGUCUUUGAUCAGUGAAUAUAAGAAUUAUUAAUAUAAAUAUUGCAUUGUCAUGCAAUUGGUAUAUGUAAUUGGUAUAUGUCAAUGGUAAUAUGUGUUAAAUUUUCAUUAUAUGAGAUGUUUCUCCUGGACAUUUAUUGGAUUAAGAUUAGUAGAGUAUAUUGUCAGAGCAAUAAAGAUAACCAGAUAAUAAGCUAUAUAUUCUACAUGUUUUCUCAUUAUUGCUGUAAUUUGAAUGAAUUAGUUUUUCUUACAUUACUUUCAUCACCAUUGGUAAUUUGCGUUUAUCACACUGCAGACAGAGAAACAGUGCUAAAAGUUAUUUGUAGCGCUAUGUAGUCUCAGCUGUUCAUUGUUAUUCUACUCAAAAACUGAAAAUAUACAUUUAUUAUAAUGUAGUUGUAAUACUUGAUGUUUUCUAUAUCUGCUACCUUUGGAUUCAAUAGAAAAAAUAAAUUCUUAUCUCAGCGAAAUGUCUUACACAUUGUUUUUGUGGUUAAGACACUGCUGGUAAUAGGUUUUAUAAUGAGUGGUACAUGAUACAAAUUUAUUAAUAUACAGCCUUCCAUUGUCAAAAUAUGUGAAUUAACUUUGGUGUAAAUAGCUUAUUGUUAAUGAGGAAUAUCCAGAAGUAAUCUUCACUUGUUAAAGUAAGUGAUUAUUUCAAGGCUAAGCCUCAAAAGCUGACAGUUACAGCAUAAACUGUUGGCUGUGCCUAUAAUGAUAUUGAAGCAUAUUUUUGUCUUUGCUACAGAAACAGCUUUAACACUUCUUAAUGAGUCUCAGUAAAGACCUACUACUCAUUAACAUGAUGCUGUAGAUUAAAGUUUCAUUAGCAUAAGAAUACCUUGGUAGUAAACCUGUUUUUUAUCUUGAGAGGAAAAAAUGUAGGGGUCAGCAAAGAUUUUUUUUCUUCAUCUCGGAGCUUAACAAUUCAGUUGAAAUCUAAGUGUUAGAUUAUUGUAAGUGAUUCAGUUAAAUCUGUGAGAAGAUUUGGGAUUCACUGCAAUUUAUCAUAUUAUAGAAUUCAUAAAGAUCUUGAGAUUCUUUUAAGAUUUCAGAUUUCCACUGGAUAUUAAAACUGUGAACUUCAUGUUCUAAUAUCCCUGCACAUUGAUGCAAAAGAAAGGUAGUGUACAAAACUUACAAAAGAUUUAGAUAGGAAAUUUCUUUCCAGUUUUAUUAAUUCAUCUUUUGUAUGUUAUAUGAACAAAAGCAGCAGUCCUUUCUUUGAUUUAUAGAAUUUUUUCAGUACUUUUUCUGUUUUUCUUUACAAAGUUGUUUAAAAUGUAACAAAUAGUGUUAUGUGAACUAAAAGUCCCAAAAAGAGAAGUUAUGUGUUUUUCAAAAUUCUGUAUAAAUGAGCACGUGAUAUUCAACUAAUCAGUUUAUAUUUGUCUGACCUCUGAUGUUUGAUAAACUGGUAAAUGAAAUUUAUGUGCUUGCCAGAUUGUUUGAAUAAUAAAUUCACAAUAUUAUA